UCACACUUGACAUCUAGUUAUAGCAUGGGUGUAUCUUCGUUGUAUUAUUAUGAUUUCAUAAUUCAAUUCACGUAAUAAUUGUUAUAUCAUAGUCCUUCCUUUGGAUUGCUAUUUGAGCAAGGGCGGAGUCGGCAGUCUAAUACAAUGGGUGAUAACAGAAAGAAGAAAAAGUUUUACUUUCGCAAGCGGAGAAAUAAAUAUUUCUUAGAACCCGGCUUCAGAGGAUUCUUUUGCACAUGUAAUUUCAGAGAAAAAGAUUGUGUUAAGGAAAUGUAUAAUUUGUUGAAUGAGUAUGCCGGCAAGUUGUAUCCAGAUGGUGAAGAAGUGAACAGACCUCCGUCUGUGGAGCCUGAAGAGCGAUCUGAAACAGAAUCCGACAAUGAGACUGAUAUUGGAGACAUGCUGAAACAUGAGGUUGACUCUUUAAAACGGGAUUCCCAAAAAGCUUUAAAACAUAAACGUUUUCAAGUAGUUGAAACGGGGGCUUCAAACUGUAUUUUCAUAAAGACAAAUUUACCCUCGCCAGAAGAACUGACCACAGCCAUAAUAAAAGAUUUGUGUGCUACCAAAGUCCAAAAGACACGACACGUUCUCCGUUUACUACCUAUAAUGGCAACAUGUAAAGCCAACUUGCCCGAUAUAAUGGAAAGUGCUGAGAAACUUAUUGACAAAUAUUUUCUCAAGAAACCUUCAACCUUUGCGGUUAUCUUUAACAAAAGGUUCAACAGCAGUGCAUCCAGGGAUUUGAUAAUAAAAGAGUUGGCCGAUCUGAUUGUACUCAAGAAUGGUGAAAACAAAGCAGAUUUAAAAAAUCCCAGUCUUUGUAUAAUCGUUGAGAUAAUUAAAGGUAUUUGUCUGCUGAGUGUUGUUGACAAUUACUAUUUGUUUAAGAAAUACAAUAUAAAUGAAAUAUGCAAAGAGCAGGACGGUAAUAAUGAUACCGAAGCAUCACAGGCGAAGAAGUUUAAAAGUGAUGUCCCUCAAAAUGAGGAACAAAAGACGGAUCAGUGAUUUGUGAUCUUUUUUCUUAAUCAUUUCCUUUACUAGGUUAAGGUAACCUGGGGCCCCAAUACCAAUUCUUGCACCAAACUUUCUCUAUUUCUUAUCUUUCUAAAUAAAUGUUUCACAAUAAACUAUAUGUGUUACUGGAAAA